ACUUUAGCUUAACCCUACUAGUUAAAUGGCCUCUCCUGGCCUAAUCUGGCAAAACCCACCACCAUGAAGAACAUCGGCACAAGAGGGAAAUGCAAACAGGGUCAAGGCAGAGACCAAGUCAGUAGACUGUAAUGCAGAAGACCAAUAAGUACUGAAAGAUGCACUCCAAACCUAUGAAGGGACAGUGUGUGGAACAGUGAGCCAGCCUACCUUGCAGGGCCUGUCAACGCUUCUGAAGGAGACCCAGCAUGUGCAGCACCAGUGUGUAUGACCUGGAAGACAUUCCCCUGGAGGAUGAUGAUCCAAACAGCAUAGAGUUCAAAAUCCUGGCCUUCUACGCCAGACACCAUGUCUUCAAGAACACCCCGGCUGUCUUCUCGCCCAAGCUCUCCAGAACAAGGAGUCUGUCCCAGAAAGCCCUGGGGACUUGGUCAACUGAUUCCUGGACACAGGUAUCAUUGCCUUGCAGAGGUUCCCCCUCCAGCGAAAAGAACAUCAGCUUGGGCAAGAAGAAGUCUUCUUGGAGAACACUCUUCAGGGUGGCCGAGAAGGAGGAAGGCCUGCCGAGCUCCCCAAAGGAGAUCCGAGCUCAGGGUCCUCAGGGCCCCUUCCCGGUAGAGCGGCAGAGUGGCUUCCACAACCAGCACUGGCCCAGGUCUCUGAGCAGUGUGGAGCAGCGCCUGGAGAGUGAAGUUGUGGAUUCCAAAGUGGCUUGUAUUGCCAACAGAGUGGCUGAAAUUGUUUACUCCUGGCCACCACCAGAUGUCAUCCACAGCCAGGGAGGAAGCAAGCUCAAAGAGAGGGUCUCGGAGAUUCUGUACUUCAGGUUUGAAGGACCUUGUGACUCUAAGAAUAAAGAUGGAGAAGACCAAAUAAUAAGCAAGAUUGUUGAGCUGCUGAAAUUCUCGGGGGAUCAGUUGGGAAGAGAGAUAAAGAAAGACAAGGCUUUGAUGAGCAGCUUCCAGGACGGGCUGUCCUACUCAACGUUCAAGACCAUCACAGACCUGUUCCUGAGGGACGUGGACACCAGAGGAGAAUCAGAGGUCAAAGCUCGGGGCUUCAAGGCUGCCCUUGCAAUAGACGCCAUCGCCAAGCUCACGGCCAUCGACAACCACCCAAUGAAUAGAAUGCUGGGCUUCGGGACCAAGUACCUAAGAGAGUACUUCUCCCCCUGGGUUCAGCAGAAUGGCGGAUGGGAAAAAAUACUUGGGAUCUCACAUGAAGAAGUAGACUGAAAUAGCCAAAGACCUGUCGCCUGGAAGGUCCCUUGUGCAACAGUGGUUCUGUGUGCCCACCACUCUUACCAUAGACUUCAGGAGAAAGUUAAAACAUACCCAGCAGACAGUGUCUAGAGAACCAUCUUUCCUUUGACUCAAGAGGCAUCGGGAGAGGCCUUGCUCUCUUCAGCUCAUAGAACUCAGUAGCACGGACUUCGCUGAGGGCACUCGAGUCCUCCACUGAAUGUGUGAGGGGCUCCAUAAAGAUAAGUGAUUGUUUUACCUCUAAAUGUUGAGAACGGAAACCAUCCUGUUGCUACACCAGUGGAAGCAUUCGUUCGGCACGUGUCUGUCGGUCUCAUGGAGGUGAAACGAUAAAUAUGUGUGUGCUUACUUUUUAGUCUCUAACACUAUUUGUUCCUUAUACUGCACCUGGGAUGCCCUGAUUACUGUCUCGUGUCAAGCUUACCCUCAGGAAGACAGCCCUAUUCAUGUCAGAGAGAAAAACCUGAGUUUGCUGUUAUGUCUAGCUAGCUUAAGUCUUGCUAACCCGUCCUCUCAAAAACUACUGUGGUACCUUGACAAAGUCCAUUUGGUACAAAGCCAUCUUCACAGAUUUCUCUGUGUGAUAUACCUGCACCCCACCACAUCAGUGCGAUCGAGAGCAAGGGCACACAGGUACCACAAGAAGAUACAGAGGUCAACCUCGGGUGCUAGUUUUCAUCUUCCUCUUUGUGCAUAGCUUCUUACCCAGGCUGGAUCACUCCUGAGCGUCUGGGAGUGUCCCGCCUCCGCCUCCUCCCUUACAGCCACAGCACUAGGGUUGCAGGUGUACCCUGUGACACGCAGCGUUUUAGGUCGGUGCUGUGGAUUCAAAUCCAGGUCCUCACACUUCUGUGGCUAGCACUUUACCCACAGUGCUACCUCCCCAGCCUGAGCUCUGGACUAUUAGGACCCCUUAGAAGUAGCAUAAUGGUUGGUAAUUAAUAAAAUAAAUAAAUUG